AUGAAGGGACCAAGAGAGAUAAGGAAGGAGACGGGCAGAGACGGGCACGGACGAACGGGACGAGCACGGAGACGAGAGCAGGCCACGGAGGAAGACCACGAGCGGGACCCGUCGAGUGCCAAAGAGGCGAACCGUGAAGCGAUCUACACGCAGCGGCGGGGCUCAUACCCCGCCUACGCAGUAAAGGUCUACGGCCCUGGGAUCCGCGGCGGCAGCUGGAGGGCUGCAAUCCGGAUAAAGAGCGAGGACGCAGAGUCACUGGGACGUACCGCGAAGCGACCUACACGCAGCGGCGGGGCUCAUACCCCGCCUGCGCCAUUGAGGCGCCAAGACCGUGAAAACCCCCCCUCCGAAAGUGCCUUGCGAGAUCAACUGCUGCUAGGCUUGAGCGACAGCCCACUGGCCCAAGCUCUGAAGGUCUAUGCUCGCCGUCACCCAGAGCUGGAUUUCACAGAGCUACGUGAGGAGGCCAGGUUAUUGGAGACUGAGUACGGCCGGGGUCAACCAGAGGUAACGUGUGCCUCAGUUCAAAAACAUUAUGACUCUCCUAAAACCCCACAGGGAUUGGACUGGAAGGAGCAAUUGAAGCGCGAAAUCAUGGAGGAGGUGAACGUCCAAAUGAAGGGGCUGUCCCGUGAUAUCCUCGCUGAGCUUAAACCCCUGCUGCAGUCUGCCUCUCCCCAGUCAAGCCCCCCCAACACCACGUGGAACCGCCGGUAUUCACCGAGACCCUAUAAUGACCGGGACGAGCAAGGAAUGAACGUCAUCAUGGCUUGUUGGGAUAACAUCUUUAAGAGGUCAAAGAUGCCUGCUCUCCCACCACAAUUUAAACAUCUGAGAGUGUGGCGGGAGGCGUUUGCCACCUGCAGCCGCAUAGAAGUAGCCCCCACAGAGGACGGGUCAAUGGGUUUCGUGAGGUUGGCCACGAAGAAUAACAUUUCAGUCCCUCCAAACAGUGAGAUAGUGGUGUGGGGUCGUACUCGGAUGGGGCGGGGUGGAACAGAUUUCUGUGCCCUUAUAGAGCCGGUUCCUGGGGCUAAUAUUGGUGGUGUGGGUGUGGCUAGAACGCUGGUCGAGGUGAGGAAAGGAAGAGUCCCUGUUCGCAUUUGUAACCCCCACCCCUACAGUGUGUCUGUAGGUCGUUUUACGAGGUUAGGGCAGCUUUAUCAUAUUGAAGAGGCAGAUGUACAUGGCCCAAAUGACCCAUCUCUGUUUCUUGAGGGAGACGACGUCGUAGCGGUAACCCUGGUAGAUGUCACAACUUCGGCGGCUAACUCUGAGUUGCCCCCAGAGGUGAGCAAGCUGAAAACGCGCCCUGACUUGUCUGAGGUGCAGCAGGAGGAGCUGGAGGCCCUGCUGCAGAGGUGGGAGAAGGUCUUUGCCGUACAUGACGAGGAUUUUGGCCGGACUGACCUGGUGCAGCAUAGAAUCCCUACGGGCGAUGCUGCCCCCAUCCGAGAGAGGCACCGGCCAAUCCCCCCAAUGCUGUACAGAGAAGCCAUACCACCCGUCGAUGAGCUGGUGGAUGCAGCUGCAGUGGAGACGGGCAGAGACGGGCACGGACGAACGGGACGAGCACGGAGACGAGAGCAGGCCACGGAGGAAGACCACGAGCGGGACCCGUCGAGUGCCAAAGAGGCGAACCGUGAAGCGAUCUACACGCAGCGGCGGGGCUCAUACCCCGCCUACGCAGUAAGUCUACGGCCCUGGGAUCCGCGGCGGCAGCUGGAGGGCUGCAAUCCGGAUAAAGAGCGAGGACGCAGAGUCACUGGGACGUACCGCGAAGCGACCUACACGCAGCGGCGGGGCUCAUACCCCGCCUGCGCCGUAAAAGCGGUGUGCGCCAUUCACAUUGGGGACGAGCGCCGUCUACCUGCCUCUGGCCCACCUUUGAAUGGAAACAGAGCAGCGCAGCUCUCUGAGGCCAUGGCCCAGGCUGGUCCUGGGACACUGCUCCACCGCAGAAACAUCCGACUGGACUCUUUCCUGAAGCGGAAUACGGGGCAUGCACUGUUCGAGCGAAUCCGGACCUAUGAACCAUGCGUGGUUCAGUCGGAUUCCUUCAAUAAAGUGUACAUGCACGUGGUGAUGAGCGACGAGCGCGUGUACCUCACAGAGUUCUCCCCGCGCACGCUCACCUGUGCCUUUGGGUUCCGCUCUGUGAGGUCCAUAGAGCUGAUCAAUGACCACCCAGAUUUCCUCAGUGGCAAAGACAGGGAGCUGUGCCAGCACAUAAAAGUGAUUUAUGUCCCGGAGAAACCUGCCUCAAAGAGAAAUCAUGAAGAUCAUCUGUUCAAUAAACGUCCUCCAACACUUAAAUCAGAAGGGCAUGCUGCUCACAGGCCGACCCGCUCUGCCUCAUGCCCUGACGGAGAGACUCUGCUGGGUCUGGUCCCUCAGCCUCCAGAACGACCACACUCCUCAGCUUCGAUGUAUCCACUCAGCUCUCAUCAGCAUGCUACAAACUCACCAUCUCCUAAGGUUUCUAGAAGAAUGGCCUUGUUGUUUUCACGUCUUUUUAAACAGAACAAAAUGGGAAACAUAGCUGAGCUACAUUUGUAUGCACUUUCACCAUUCUCCACACUUUAUGUUAAUCUUCAAAGCUCCUGGACCAGCUUCAUCAUCAAGUCCACUCUGAUGUUAGACCCAAUACAUUGUAGAAAGUACUGUACUUCACCCUGUUUGUCAACAGAAAAUUAUCCUCAGCGCAUUAGCCACGGUCCUCCGUGCAGCUGGGAGCAGACGGCCCAUUUGUUUUCUCAGCUACAAACUGAAGUAUUGCAGAAGGGCAUCAGAGAGGAGAGGCUGUAUCUGUUACUGCAGGAGCUGUGCACAGCUGCUCAUAGAAACAUCACAUUACGUAGACUAUUCUGGAAGUCCAAUGCGUUGUGUCCGUUCCUGGUCCAGACUCUUGAGGAUUGCCUCCCUGGGGAUCAGAGCGCAGUUUACACAACAGAUAACCUCCUGAUGGGAACCCUGGUCAUCCAGACACUGGCUGUCAUGUUUAGAGAGACAGAAGUGGAACCAGCCAGACUGAUUCUACUCUCAGCAAACAAUGGUGCACUUGCCUCCAGGAUGCUGCUGGCUUUGGUUUGUGAUCCACAGCCUCAGAGUCCAAAUGCUCCUCAGAUUGAUACUUGUCUCAUUGAGUAUUUGGAUGCUGCAUGUUCACUUUUCUUUGAACUGCUGCUUCAAGGCCAAGAGAAAAGCAAGUUUUCCAUUUCUGAAAGUAUCUUGUCCGUUGGUUGGAUAUUUCAAGUGCUACAGCCCCAUCCUCACCUUCUAUCCUUCUUUGGCUACCAGGCACAACAGGUGGUCCUGGUCUUGUCCAGUUCUCAUCAUUAUGUCUCAAGUCCUGCUCAGGCUGUUCUGUUGUUUCAACGAUGCCGCCUCCUGCUGGCAAGUCUGCAGUACAGCAAGCAUCUCACACAGCACCUGAUGUCCAACUUCAGAGACGAUUUCAAGUACUCUGUAAAUAUUGUAGAUUUCCAGAUGAAGAUUCCACCUCACUAUCUCAUCAGCCCACUGAUACGACAGCAGGUUGAUCAAAUUCUUACUCUUAUCCUGCACUAG